AUGACUGAUUAUUAUUUUUCUAAAGCUGCAGCAAUCGCUCAAAAUGCAGCUAAAUUAUCAAAAAAAGUAUCGGAAGGACUUGUAGAGAAUGCACGUGAGUUUGGUUUGGAGGCUACUUCUUCUAAUCAUUAUUUUGAGACCUCUGAAGAGAAAAUGCGAGAUAUUAGACGUUUAUUAGAUUCAAGACACGAUCGUGAAAAAAUGGAUGGAUUGAAAAGGUUGAUUGCACGUUUACAUUAG